CCCCUGGCGGAGGAGCCCCGCCCACGGCCGCCGCCGUCGGGCGCCGCCGGUGCGGCGGCAGCCGCCGUGCGGGCGCGCGACGGCGCCGAGGCCAGCGACGACGGGAUGGCCAGCGCCCUCAACGAGAGUGAGGACUUCAUUCCGGAGCUUCUGCAUCCGCAGAGGGCCUCCUACCGGCGCAGCCGCAGCCUGUUCAGCCUCGGCUGGAGACGGCGGAGGCCCGAGGAGGUCGACGCCCCGGGCGGGAGCCCGAAUAGGCGCCCGCGCACAGCCACGCCCCCGGCCAUGUCGACGCUGCAGGAGGAGCGCGCCGGCGGCGGGUCCGCCGACGCCGAGGCCGCGAGCGCCGAGGACCCCCCCGCGGACGCCGACGCGGGGGGCGCGGUCGCGACGCCGCCGGGCGCCCGGCAGGA